ACGCGGUAUUCCGAGAAGAAGCCACACGAUUUUGUUUUUGUAGGAUGGUUGGGCAAGGCACCUUAUGUCUGUCUUUUUGCUCGUCGUCUGUAGUGGUUCGCUGUGACACAUCAUCACUUACUCUAAAUGGGGUAUAAGUAGCUCGAAAGUGGAUUUACUUUCGAGAAAAGCGCUAGCAUUAGACCUUCCACUAACAGUAUAGGCUUGAGUUGUCUCUCUCCAACCGCCCUGUAAGAAAAAAACGCCAGCAACGCCGCCACACGCAUCUGAUUACGUCACUGCGUAUGACGUGGAGGCUGUCGGAAGUAGUCUUACGUUGAUUUGCAAUCUUGUGUACUUUUUCUAGCUUUAUUUUGCGUUUCCAAUGGCUGUGGAUAUAACGCCGCUAUUUAAAGCUAGUGUUAAAACGGUGAAAACACGGAACAAAGUCAUAGGGUUGCCUUUUGAUUCCCAGAAAGAUGAACUACUGAAGAGAAGUCGACCCUCCACUGGAUUUUCCUCCAAAGCUAAGGAGGUGAUCUCAAACAUCUCAAAACUGAAAGACUUCCUGUUACAACACAGAAAGGACUAUGUAAAUCUUGGCAGUCUCAUCUCCUCCGAUGUAACCCACAUGACGGACACAGAGAGGGAUCAGAUCGAUCAGGAUGCCCAGAUAUUCAUGAGGACCUGCUCCGAUGCCAUUAAGCAACUACGUGUUGAGGCAGAGAGACAAAACAUCCCACUACAAAUCAAGGAGCAUCAUGGCGCAAUGCUAGAUCUGGUUGAAUUGUACCUAAAAGGCGUGUGUAAACUGUACUCCGAACAGAGGGCUAUACGAGUAAAACGAGUUGUGGACAAGAAACGACUGUCAAGGUUGGAGCCUGAUCAGCAGAGUAAGGGGAAGGUUGCCACAGAGCAGACGGCACAUAAAGCCCAGAAGGAAGACAACAAAGAGAAAACUGUGUCCGAAGUGUCAGGAAGCAGCAGUGCCCAUUUAUGGGAAGACAGCAGAACAGAAGAUGAACUCUCUCCUGAGGAGAUUCAGAUGUUUGAGCAGGAAAACCAAAGACUGGUCAGUGAGAUGAGCAGCCUGGUGGAUGAAGUGAGGCAAAUAGAAGGAAAGGUGGUGGAAAUUUCUCGACUGCAAGAAAUAUUUUCUGAGAAAGUUCUGCAACAGGAAACAGAGAUAGACAGUAUUCACCAGCUCGUCGUUGGGGCAACUGAACACGUGAAAGAAGGCAAUGAAGACAUCAGAGAAGCUAUUAAGAACAACGCUGGCUUCCGUGUCUGGAUCCUAUUCUUUCUGGUGAUGUGUUCCUUCUCGCUCCUCUUCCUGGAUUGGUACGACAGCUGAUUAUGAUGUCAUAAGGACUUUGCAGGAUUUUAAACACAGAUUUCUAUGGCACCUGGAGAAUGGUCGCGUUCGUGAGGCGCAUUGCUAAGCAGGCUGCGCAUCACGCAUGCGCUCUUCACCAUUUUUCCAACCAGAAUGCAUCUUAAUUUGGCAAUGCGCGCUGCGCAGCCUGCGCAGCAAUGCGCCAUCACGAACGCUCCAAUAUUGAAGCAAAAUUCUAGAAGAACAGGGGUAAUGUGUUCUUCUUGCUCCUCUUCCUGGAUUCGUAUGACGGCUGAUUUUGUUUGUCUUGGUAAUGGGAAUGCCAUCCAAUGACAUUCUUUCUGUUUACAACAAGACGAUGUAAAAAGUCCAUGUUUAAAAUAAAAAAAAGUUUCAGAGGAAUA